AUGGAUGAUAAAGCUGAGCCCGUUCUCAUAAGGGCCGCUGGUAUAAUCAUAUAUAACGUUGAUGUCGAGUCAAAUGUAGUAAAAUAUCUACUUCUCCGGUCCUCUUCUAAACCCUUCCACUGGACUCCACCAAAAGGCAGGUUGGAUCCUGGAGAGGAUUCCAUAGAUGCUGCUCAUAGAGAAACACUAGAGGAAGCUGGCCUUACGAAAGAAGCAUACAUUCUCCACGAUGACUUCAAGGAUGUGUUGAAUUACCAAGCAAAUGGAAGGGACAAGGAAUGUGUAUAUUUUUUAGCUAAAAUUGCUGAUUUCCCCAAUACCAAAGUUACACUCUCAAAUGAACACACUGAUUUUGCAUGGGUUGGAAUUGAAGAUAUACCAAGAUACUGUGACAAAGAAUCAUUGCGUACAAUGUUCGUUAAAGCCCAUGAAUUCCUGUCAAAACAUUACAAAUAACUAAUCUAUAAUAUCGUGUUGUAUUC